UUCUCGCCGGACCGUCGCAACCCACUUCCCUACCCUAGCGCCCCCUUGCUCCUCCGCGAUCGGAGCUCUUCCGCCUCGCGAGAAAGUGGCUCUGGAAGUGGCUCUGUUCGGCCGUCACUUCCUGCGGCACGCCGGAAACAAGAGUCCCAGUUCACGCGAUAAUAAUUAGGACAGCGCGAUGGCUCCCUGGGAGUUGUAGUGUUUUUUUAAUUACCGCUCGCUUUGAGGUUAUCCUUCCAGUCUGAGGCUCGUACCUAUUCCUGACUGGCCUUUGGGGGUUUGGGGAGCGUGGCAGGGUAGGCGGGCCUGUUUUUAAUCUUGCCCUCGAGAGAGUUUCAUAGUAAGAGGGGGGAUAGGGGGGCACACGUCGUCUAAUUGCUCGGUGGCCCGUAGCUAAAGAGACGCUGUAUAGUCCCACUCCCUGUCGGGAGCCGGGGAGAGGGCGGGUUGCGUCCGCCAUGUUGGUGAAGACAAACGAGGGCGACUGGAGCUCCAGGACCGUCGGCUUUGCUGGCUCAAGUCCGCCAUAUUAAUAAAGAGAAAGGGCAGGUUGACCCCUCCCGCCCCCCACCUGCUACACACGCACACACGCAUACACACACAUACCCCGUCUUCCCAGCCAUCUUUGGCAACUCAGCUCGGUGGGCCCUUCCCCAGCCUUUUUUGCCUAGGGUCCGCCCGAAGGAAGCGUAGCAUCCCGCGCCUCAAAUCAGGCUUAAGACAGCGCCGAAUGAGGUGGAAAGGGGAAUGCCGACCAAUUGCGCCGCGGCGGGCUGUGCUACUACCUACAACAAGCACAUUAACAUCAGCUUCCACAGGUUUCCUUUGGAUCCUAAAAGAAGAAAAGAAUGGGUUCGCCUGGUUAGGCGCAAAAAUUUUGUGCCAGGAAAACAUACUUUUCUUUGUUCAAAGCACUUUGAAGCUUCCUGUUUUGACCUAACAGGACAAACUAGACGACUUAAAAUGGAUGCUGUUCCAACCAUUUUUGAUUUUUGUACCCAUAUAAAGUCCAUGAAACUCAAGUCAAGGAAUCUUUUGAAGAAAAACAACAGUUGUACACCAACCGGACCAUCUAAUUUAAAAUCAAGCAUUAGUAGUCAGCAAGUACUACUUGAACACAGUUAUGCCUUCAGGAAUCCCAUGGAAGCAAAAAAGAGGAUAAUUAAACUGGAAAAGGAGAUAGCAAGCUUAAGAAGGAAAAUGAAAACUUGCCUACAGAAAGAACGCAGAGCGACUCGAAGAUGGAUUAAAGCCGCAUGCUUGGUGAAGAAUCUGGAAACAAAUAAUGUAUUACCUAAGGGCACAUCAGAAUACAUUUUACCAGCAGCCUUAAACAGUCUUGCUUUGGAAGAUUUCAAGAUUCUUGAACAAGAUCAACAGGGUAAAACAUUAUCAGUUCUCUAA